AUGCAGUUUCAAUUCAUAGGCCGUGUUGGCAAACAAGUGGCGAAGGACCUUUUGAAUUGGCGUGGUUUUGCGGUGCACGCUGCCUCCAUUGAAACGUCUGGAUCAAGAGGUCUCUCUAAUGCUUCGACACCAAUCGAACUGGUUGCUGUAGACAUGGAAGAAAACAGUCUCAAAGAAGGAGAUGUUUAUACAAUCAACUGCAAGAUGAUAGGAUCAAACAAAGCCGAAUUAAAUCAAUUGCACUUCACAUCCGCCGCGCGCAUGCAUCUCGGUGACGGCGAUGAUUUUCUGCAGAGGUCCAACGAUACCUUUGUAAAUAAGGUUGCUGUGACGGCUUACGGUACCAUUGUGUCAAAAUUUCAAACCGAUGAAGAUUGGGGUAUGGGUGUAUAUCCUUUGAUUGUGACUUUGAAAUCAGCUGAUAUGGAUCCGGUGAGCCAAAUCGUCGUUGAGUGGCUUAGCAAGCAUCAUGUGCUACCACGCCCAAACGGAAAGAAUCCAAAUGAAAUAUUCAAUGUUGGUCAGAAGGUGCAGAUUUCGGGAAUGGUGAUGGGUUAUGACAACACUGACUUCAUGUGGCACUCGGAGGUCUCUUCCAUCGCUAUCUGCAAGGGUCAAAUUCCUGGAGCCCGAGUCAUGAUGGAGAGAGAGUUCCAACGUAACCCACGGAAUGCUCUCAAUGCGCACAGGUACCAGGGAUUUGUACGCCGUUACAAUGCUAAGCACGGGGAUCCACAAAGAAUCCGCUUGAUGAACAAAGGUGGAGUGGGAGCCUGGCGAGGCCGACAGAUCGUUGAGCGCAAGCAAUAA